AUGGUGUCACUCAAGCUUGCGGCCCUGGCUGCUGCCGUCGUAUCCCUAGCAGCUGCUGUCAACAUCACGGUUAGCUCUGAGGGAGGCAAUGCUACUAGUCCACACCAAUAUGGCUUUCUCCACGAGGAUAUCAACUACUCGGGCGACGGCGGGCUCUAUGCUGAACUCAUUAACAAUCGUGCAUUUCAGGGGAGUGCCGUUUACCCAGUCACACUGGCCCACUGGUAUCCCAUCAACGGUGCCGCUCUAAGUUUGCAGAACCUGAGUGAACCCCUAUCAACGGCCCUGCCUAUCUCCAUGAACGUCGCCGCGGGCAAGGCAAACAGUUCUGUUGAUUCUUGCAACCAGUCCAAAACCAUCAUUGGCUUCUACAAUGAUGGUUACUUCGGCAUGGAUGUCAAAAUCAAGAAGUACACUGGGUCAUUCUGGGUCAAGGGUGGAUAUGACGGCGUUUUUGAGGCUUCCCUCCAGUCCAACAUUACCGGCGAGGUGUUUGGCAGCACCACCGUCAAGUCCAUGAGCACGUCGCUCGAGUGGAUUGAGCAUCAAUUCGAGUUGACGCCGGAAAAAGACGCACCCAAUUCCAACAACACGUUUGCCAUCACAUUUGACGCCGGAGGUAUUGAGGACAACUCCUUGGAUUUCAACCUUAUCAGCCUGUUCCCUCCAACAUACAAAGGGAGGAAGAAUGGCAUAAGAGUCGACCUUGCCGAAGUUCUUGAAGAAUUCCAUCCUACCCUAUUCCGUUUCCCGGGUGGUAACAUGCUCGAAGGUCUUACCAAAAAUACGUGGUGGGAUUGGAAGAACACCAUUGGACCACUGAAGGAUCGUCCGGAAUUUGACGGUGUUUGGGGUUACCCGCAAACCAAUGGGCUUGGGCUCAUGGAGUAUCUAUAUCUAGCCGAAGAUAUGGGCAUGGAACCCAUCGUUGCAGUUUACGGCGGUAUGGCUCUUGACGGCAGCGUCACCCCUCAAGACGAGUUGCAAUACUUCAUCGACGACGCUUUGAACGAAAUCGAAUUUAUUCGUGGUCCAGCGACUUCGAAAUGGGGCUCAGUUCGUGCCAGUCUCGGUCACUCCGAGCCAUUCAAGCUGCAGUACGUUGAAGUGGGCAACGAAGACUGGCUUGCCGGUGGUGCUGAGGGUUGGGCAACGUAUAUGAAAUACCGCUUCCCCAUGUUUCUCGAGGCCAUCAGCACCGCAUAUCCCGAUAUUGAGGUUAUCUCGUCUGGCUCUGUCUUUGACAACUACACCAUACCUGAGCCUGGGGCUGGAGACUACCAUAUCUACGGUACUCCUGAUUCCAUGGUUGAGCAAUACGACUUGUUUGACAACGUCACAAUCCCGCAUAUCAUUGGAGAGGCUGCAGCAGUCCACCCCAACGGUGGCACUGACUGGGACGGCGGACUGAUGGAGUAUCCUUGGUGGGGCGGUGCUAUUGGCGAAGCCGUUUCUCUCAUUGGAUAUGAAAGGAACGCAAACAAGAUCAUCGGUGCAUGCUAUGCCCCCAUCAUCCGAAGUCUCGACAGCUGGGCUUGGGCUUCAACAAUGGUCCAAUUCGCCGCUGAUCCAGCAUUGACUACCAAGUCCACCAGCUGGUAUAUUUGGGAACUAUUUGCCGGACAUCUCAUGACGCACACUUUGACUUCAACAGCGGACUUCAUCCCUCUGUACUACGUGACCGGAAAGAACGAAGACACUGGGGCGUACAUAUUCAAAGGCGCUGUGUACAACUCGACCAACGAAGCAGAUAUCCCCGUAUCCUUGUCGUUCGAUGGCGUAGAGGCAGGCACCGAGGCCGAACUCACCAUCUUGACCGGGCCCGAGAACCCGUAUGGCUACAACGACCCUUUCACAGGUGUCAAUGUGGUCAAGACCACCAAAGAGAAGGUUGUCGCUAGUGAGGACGGCGUCUUCGAGUUUUCGUUGCCCAACAUGAGCUUCUCGGUGCUCAACACAGGUUCUUCGGCUCUGUCGAAGAGGAGCGAGAUGAGGCACGGACAACGAGGUUGA